AUGGACUCGUCGACUUCGACGUCGACGUUCGGGCAGCCGCCUCGACCUCGGCACACGAGCUCAGUGACGGUGACGACUCGCACCCCCGCCGUGUACGACGACGACGACGACGACGACGACGACGAUCGGCCGACGCGCACCUCCCGGCCACGCUCACGCUCACCUCCACGCGCAACUCGUGCUGCUGAGGCUCCUCCUCCUCCUCCUCCUCCUCCUCCUCCUCCUCCUCCUCCUCCUCGACCACGUGAUCACACCAACACUCCUUCCGACCACACCGGUUACCAGCAGCCCCAACCCCAACCCCACCUCGCACCCCCAUCCACCCGCGUGCACGCUCAACCACAAACGCCAUCCUAUCACCUCCCCUCCGCUGCCUGCUCCCCGUCGCGCUCCUAUCCGACGUUCGCCGGGGCGAGCACGAGUGCGAGUGCGAGUGCCAGUCUUCCACCCGGCGCGAGCUAUGCCCCUUCUGUGCCGCUGUGUCAGCAACCUCCUGCCCCGUCACCUGCUCUCCCACCAUCACUCGUACCGGGAGCACCGCUCCGUUCGGCCUCGCUGCCCGUCACGACCACCAACGCCGAUCCAGCCUCGACCUUGACCUCGACCUCGACGCGACCUCCCGUGCCCGGUCCCGGUCCCGGUCCCAACCCCUCGCUGAGCACCAUACCUCAAGUGUUCACCUCCCCCUUGCGCACCGACGCACCCACAUCCAGCAUCUCCGCUCAAGCUCGUACCGAUCAAGCCGCCCAAGUGGACCCCUUCACCAGUUCGAGAUCCCCUCUGCCUCCCCCCAUCACCACGACCACGACCACGACCACGACCACGACCACGACCACGACCGCGACCACCUAUUCCGCGGUCGAACAACCCUCGGGUUCCAUGGCCGGCGUCGGUCGCAGUUCGGUCCUUCGCAACGCACCUCUACUCGGUCCAGCACCGACCUCGGCCUCGUCCCCCGCCGCCUCCCCGACCCUCGCCCUCCCUCUCCCCUUCUCCGCCUCGACCUCGGCACCGCUCGACUUUAUCGAGCCUCCCCGACCCGUCGCCGCCCUCCCACCCCCCCACCUGAUCCCUCAACCCGAAGUCUGCGUCGAGUGCAUGAUGCGCGACAAGGACAUGGACGACGUCGACGUCACCGGCCCCCACGUAUGGGAUCGCGACUCGGACAUUGAUUUCGAGGACGCGCUCAGAUCGGACGACGAACUCGCCGCGACCAUGACCAAUUCCGAUCACCACAAGACCGCAGCAGCAGCAGCAGCAGCAGCAGGAGGAGGUUCCGAAGAGAGUGGUAGUCUUGGCGCGCAUGGUUCCAUCAACGGUAUAAGAAGGACGGGAGGAGGUAGUCGCGAAUCGGCGACGGGACCGAGUUCGUACGGGCAUGCCAUUAGCGGAGGAGGUGCAUCAUCGAUGAUGACGAGGAAGCGGAUAGGACGAGGUCACCCCUUGACGACCGCCGGGCUCAAGUUGUGGACGAGCAUGGUCAGUCCGCCUUUCCCACCAUCUCGUACAUUCGGCUUCCUUAGACCCCCCCGCUGACACCCCCCUUGCCUCGCAGAAUCCACCGGCUUCGGCUCAUCGCUGGCGAACGUUGCAGACCUACCUCGCGACCCAGGUCCACUUUAACGAGCUGCAUCGACAGCAACGUGAAGCUCAGCAACAGCAACUCCACAAGGAAGGUAGUAGCGAACACUAUGAAGGCGAUUCGUAUCAGCUCCCCGUCUUGAACUCGGCCGGCUCUGCUCUCGCCGUCACUUUGUCGAGUCCUGCCGCUGCUGGCCCUUCGACCUUUGUUCCCCGCCAUCACCAGCCACGAUCGUCGUCGCCAUGGCGAGGAUCGGCACACUUGCCCCUCGACGCCAUGGACGAACGCAUGUCCCCUGCUCAAGGGCCGAAUCAGUCGCGCACGUCACUGCAGAACGAACCAACCUCUUCUUCGGCACCGCUCACGAACGCAUACGACCAUCGCAGCUCUAGCAUGUCGAUGCCCACCUCCACGCCAUCUCUCCCUACUCUCCAGUCAUCCAGCGCCUCGGCUUCGGUUCGCAACUACGCCCAUGGCGAUCAGCCUUGGCUCUCGAACCCGCUGCGACGAUCUUCGAACCCGAUCCUGAGUACGAGCGUCGCGAUGACGAACGGAGGAUCGGCAUCACCAAACUUGCGCGAUCGAGCAUCGACUUCGACGACGCCUUCGCCGUCGACGGGAUUCGCCUCUUUCGUGAACAAGUUCGGUCGCAGCUCGACCGACUUGCGCUCGAUCUCGUCGCGGCCAAAUUCGACGCGUGCGAUGCCGCGCGACGGCACCGACGGCGGUUCCCCACCACCCCAAUUCGGUCACCCCCCUUCUUCACCCGGUCGAGCACCUUCCUUCUUGUACCCACAAGACGACCGUUCCUCACUCCACACGAACCGACGCGGAUCGACCUGGUCCAAGUUUCGUCAAUCGGCGUCGCAGUCGGUACUCUCGUUCGCGCCCAGUUUCGCACCGAGUGGAUCGAUGGUCGAGAUGCAUCUCGGGCUCGAAGCCGAUCGGUACCAACAUGCUCAGCAUGGCCUAGCGAAUUAUCAACAUCAUCAUGGACGAAGUGGUUUCCUCUAUUCGACGAUCUCGAAUCACCCGACUGGCGGAGGUCAUCAUCCUUAUCUCGAUCCGGGCUAUCCGUCAAUGUCGGAUUCGUACGUCGCUCGACACCCAAACGUAGGCAACGACGCGAGCGCCUACGUCGAUGACGGACUACUCCAUCGCGACGAAGAAGGUGAACUUUCACGGGGUAAAGCAUCGGAAAAGGGAAGCGGAUCCAAGAAGAAGAAAGGGCUCAAGGGAUUCUUCUCGAAACUCGUCGGCGGUGGUGGAGGGAACGACAAGAAGCAGCAGCACGCCACUGCUUCGGUCCGACCCGCUCCAGCACGCGGCGACCUUUUCCCACGUCAUCAAUCCGACUCUCAGGUGCCAACUCGAUCGAAUGGGUACGCGGACCCAAAAACGGUGUACGGUUUCUACGGUACGACGAUGGAUUCGCUUCCGACGAGCGAGGAACUCGCUCCACCCCCACCCUUAUCGACGCUCACCAAGGAGCCCAACACUCGUCGAUUCUGUCCUCCAUCGAUGAAUUCGCUCUCCAAGACGCGUUCCGCCUCGACGUCUUCGAUCGAUUCCUUGGGAGGCGUUCCUUACACCCCACCACUCGCAGCUGUCGGUCCACCGAUGAACGGUUAUCGACCUUCUAGCGUAGUGAUCAACUCCGAUCGACGCUCAAUCACGUCCUCCUCCUACACCUCGACUCGUUCCAAGUUCUUACCACCCCCGAUCAACACAACAACCCAACGACACUCUUACAACGGAACUCAUCACCCCAACUCAAACCUCGUCUCCCCAACUUCAGGCCAAAGUUGGUCCCGACCUUCGACGGACGAAAUCGUCGUCGUCGUCGACCCCAACCGACCCUCUCAAAAACAAAAAUCACUCCCUCACCUCCUCCCCCAUCCACCCCCAACCUCAACCUCAACUUCAACUUUUAACGCCUGGGAACCUCACAAUCGAUCUUCAAGUUCAGUCAUUGAAACUUCUUACGCACCCGUCCUCGCCCCACCACCACCACCACCACCACCACCAAUCCCUUCGAGGAGCUACUACCCUACCCCUACCCCUACCCCUACCCCACUUUACGGAACCGAAAAAUUCGCCCGUUCAACACGCUCCUUGUUCUCCUCUUCUACUAA